UCGUCAUUGGUAAUUCCAAAUCAUAUAUUGCACAAGCUGUCCUCGCAAUCUUAAUCUUUAUCAUAAUCAAUUCUUUGGAUUCACGCAACGUCAUCAAUCGUGAUAAGCAUUGUUGCCGCGAAGAAUGAAUUAAUAACAAAAUAACUUUAAAUAUGAUUUGCUCAAGAUGUACCUAAGAUGGAUAAGACAUAUAUUUGUGGUUAUUAAAAUUUGCUUAAACGUAAUGAGGCAUGCACCUAAAGAAUUAUUUAGUGGUCGUUGAUCGGUCAUCAAAGAUUCGCAUUUCUCUUCCAUGAUUCGCGUCACCGCGUAACGAUUCAGGGGAAUUACGUGUAGAUAUACGCGUCCUGCAUUUUAAUAAUGAUUCUAAGGUCGUGCGUAGAUAUUGAAAAAGGGCGGAGCGCCAGCAAGAUCAAGUCAGAACGUUUGCAGACAUGGCGAAGAGCGUCGAUGUCAUCCUCCUACAAAUAUUCGUGCUGUCGUUUGCAUUGGCAGAUCCUGCAGAGUUCAGAAGGGAACAUGAGCGACGAUGGAACACGCCGCCGAAACUAACGCCAGAGUCGGUCGUCAAGAUGUCAAGUCGGGAGGAUCCCCAGACGCGUUUCCUCUCCCUCAUCCCUGUUACGGCGACUCUCAGCUUGAACACAGGGCACAACAAUGCACACUCCGUCAGCCUAGGUGCGAGCCUUGAUGGUAUUAGUCUUUCGGAAAGCAACAGUUACAAUCACCCUGGAGGAUACGGGGUUGAUGGAUCUCCCGUUUCUGUAAGCAAGUCGACGAGCCUUUCUGCAGGAUUUUCGGGGAUCUCUACCGCAGGCGCGAAGGCUUAUAGUGACGGAAACAAUGCCAAAACCGAAAGCCAUUCGCACAGCUUCGGACAAGCAACCGCAUCUGCUUUUGGCGUGGUCGAAAGUGGACAAGCGAUUACUGGCGCUGCAUCCUCCGUUGGUUCCUCGCAAUCUUCUGCUGCAUCUGGUAUUAAUCGAGAACGAUUCUUUUCGCAAUAUCCAAAUCGACCCAUAUGGAGCAACGUUGGCCCAAAUAAUGGGCACAAUGAUCGACGUUUCGAUCGGCCCACGUUGAUCAUCUCGCAGCCGCACAGUGGCACACGACCAUCAUUGAACAUAGAUGCGCAUGAUACAUCCGGGCGCGAACAAAGGCCAAGGAUUCACAUCUAUAAAUGGCAACCAAAUCACAGGGUAUUUCCCCGGCCAAGUUUAUCAAUCGAGCAUCAGCCAUACCAUUCCUGGAGCGAUCAAACUCGCGGAUCGACGGGGCUUCAAGUCGCAGCAAGUGCGAACUCUUUUUCUUCCUCUUCCUACGGAUCUUCGGCCAGUGAUUCAGCUUCCCAAAUCAAUAAGAACCCUUUAAACUUCGCGUUAUCCUCGACCAGUUCGUCGACCUCGGAACACCGUGCUGGAAAUGUCAAUGUUCACGCUGCCGGGAAUGGAUAUGUACAAGAAAGUGCGUCUUCUGAAGGAAGAGCCUUCAUUAGGUUUCCUAAAGAUGAACAAAAUCCGAUCAUUUUAAAUAUCAAGAACAGGGAUUCUGAGGAACAAUCUGACGUAGUUUCCGAUCUGGCAGAUGCUAUUGGCGAAUUAUUCGACAUUGUAUAAUAGGCAUAAAAGAAAAAAGAUUUGUAAAACAUAUUUUAUAAUGAAUUUUAUGAAUUAUAAAUAUUUUUUAAUUUAUUGUAGCCAAUUAAUAAAACGAUUGUAUAAAUUGACA